GGGUUUCUGCCAUCCGCCCUGAAAAGAAGGAAGGAAGCAACGGCCACAGGAAGGCAGGAAACUCUAGCCUUCUAUGGGGAGUGGGUGGAGGGGAGGUGCUUCCUUGGCUCGAUUCCGAAGAAGGCGGCUUGACGAGAGCGGCGGCUAAGAGGAGGCGAGUUCAAGCGCAGGGUGGAGCAGCGAGGCAAGAUGAACUCCGCGCCUCAGCUGCAGCUCCGGCUCAAUAGCAAGACCGGCUCUGACGCGUCUGCGCGGCGCUUUUCCACGCUCUUGCCCGAGUCGCUACAGGAUAACCAUCUACUUCUGAGAAAUGCAAACUGAAGCCUCCAAAGGUAUAUGCGUUUUCACAUUCUGGAGAAAGUCACUUCGAUGCCUGAAGGUUCUUAACACUCUCUGAAAUGCUGAGAAGGAAACUUCGCCACUGUCAUAUCCUACGCUUCAAGUUUCUCCUGGUGUUAGUUUUUACAGCAGGGGCUUUGUCCCUUAUCAAAAUUCAUCAGAAACCAGAUUAUCUGCAUCAUGAGAAUCUGGAACUCGUAGGUGAAUACCCCAACAAUAAUGUAAACUGUACCAAGAUAUUGCAAGGUGAUCCAGAGGAAAUUCAGAAAGUAAAGCUGGAGUUGUUAACUGUGUCUUUUAGGAAAAGCCCUAAGCUAACAGCAAAUGAUUAUAUUAACAUGACAACUGAUUGUGCCUCUUUUAUAAAGAGACAGAAAUAUAUUAUGAAACCUCUGAGCAAAGAAGAAGCAGAAUUUCCACUUGCAUACUCAAUAGUGGUUUAUCACAAAAUUAAUAUGCUAGAUAGACUUCUGAGAUCUAUAUAUGCACCCCAAAACUAUUACUGCAUUCAUGUGGAUAAGAAGUCCCCAGAAUCCUUCUUGGCUGCGGUGAAAGGAAUUGCUUCAUGUUUCAACAAUGUCUUCAUUGCCAGCCAGCUAGAGAGUGUAGUGUAUGCUUCAUGGAGCAGAGUGCAAGCUGACCUCAACUGCAUGAAGGACCUCUACAGGAGGAGUACAAGCUGGAAGUAUUUGAUCAACCUUUGUGGUAUGGAUUUCCCAAUCAAGACCAAUCAGGAAAUAGUAGAAAAGCUAAAAGCUCUCAAGGGUGAAAACAGCUUGGAAACCGAGAAAAUGCCUUCAUACAAGGAGAUACGGUGGAAGAAGCAUUAUGAAAUUGUUGAUGGUAAAGUGAAGAAUAUGGGAAUAGACAAACAACACCCACCUAUCAGUACACCUAUUUUCUCUGGCAGUGCCUACUUUGUUGUAAGUAGGAGGUUUGUUGAAUAUAUAUUGGAAAACAGCAAAAUCCUUUCUUUUAUAGAGUGGGCUAAAGACACUUACAGUCCUGAUGAGUACUUGUGGGCUACGAUUCAACGAAUCCCUGAAGUACCAGGUGCUGUUUCUGCUAGUGACAAAUAUGAUGUGUCUGAUAUGAAUGCCCUUGCCAGAUUUGUCAAGUGGCAUUACUUUGAGGGGGAUGUUUCCAAAGGUGCCCCAUAUCCACCCUGUAAUGGGGUUCAUGUCCGUUCUGUGUGUGUCUUUGGAGUUGGAGACUUGAACUGGAUGUUGCGAAAACACCACUUUUUUGCCAACAAGUUUGACACUGACAUAGAUCCUUUUGCAGUCCAGUGCUUGGAAGAAUAUUUAAGAGACAAAGCUCUGUAUCAACGCAGACAUUAAGAUGUAAAGUUAUGCCUGGUUUAAGCCCUCUCCCUCUGAGAAGGAAAUCAAAAAGAAUAUUUUUAUUGUCUGUUGAUAACAGUAAGGUGUGCCUUUCUUUUCGCUUGGGCUUCCCCCUUUCUCAAAAAACACAGAACUCACAGGGUGGUUACUUAGCUGCUGCUACUGUUUUAUGUGCUUCUCCAUAACUGUCCCCUAAAGAUCCCUAUCUGCUUAUUCCAUUGUAGCAGAACGUAGGCCCAAAACCUCAAGGUUGCAAAGUUAACACUUUGCUAGCUAGCCAUUUAGUUUGCUUUUAUCAUAUCUGCUAUCCAAAUAAUGUUGACCCUAAUGUUGCCAAGGCAUUUGUUUUUGUAAUGCAGAAUAUAGAUGCCCAAUUGAAAGGUGCAAGAAUCGUAAGAGAGAAUCCCAGGGAGUGUCUUGAAAGAACUGGUAACACAUGAAAAGGGAAUUGACAUUUCCACAUUUCUAUUUUGCCUAGUUAAGUUGAGUGUAGAGGCACCCAAAUCUUCCUUUUCCUGAGUAUUCUAAUAUUUUAAAAACUGCACCACCAACAUAAAGUCUUGUAUUUAGUGUACUUAAAAAAACAACAAUAACUCAAAACAAACCUUCUGUGUAUGGUUUAUUGAAGCAUAAAGUGUGUAUGUAUAUAUUGUCUUCUGAAUCAAGGUUUGCAGCUGACACAAGAAGUAGUCAGUCAAAUAAAAAUUUCUCAGGGAACUAUUCUGUUAAUACAAACAAUUCAUUAUAUAUUGCAUUAUGUCAUCGGUAUGUUGCUUUAUAUCCUUUUCAGAAGUUUUUCUCCAUUAACUGGAGUGAGAUUCUACCUUAGCAAUAUUGAUUCUUCUGUCAGAAACUCAUAGCCGUAAAGUAAACCAUUCCUUUUAGCUGUUAGUGGGUUAAAUGCUAAUAAAAUAUUCAAAAUUUUAAAUAAUAUAAAACCUCUUGUCAUAUAACUGAUAGUUGAUAUGUUUUAGACAACUUUUCUUCCCAGUUCUAUCUGAGGGUAAGCCAGGCUAUCUUUGUUGCCUGUAUAGACUGUGUAUUUCAAAAUGUGUACUCCUUCCUGACCAUAAUAAAAACAUCCCAAAGAUAUUUCACAUUCA